AUGGGAGAUGUCUGCUACAAGUUCGUCCAGCUCCGGAACAGCUUCUGGGGAGCCCAGGCCUGGUGCCAGGCCAAUGGCGGGUGCCUGGCGCACCCCUGGAACCCAGAGACACAGGCCCUCCUGAGCCACUGCCUGGCGGAAGGGGAGAAGUGGUGGGUCGGCCUGCGAGAGCAUCCAGGUGAAAAGAACCCAGGCUUCUCUGCCCACGGGGCGGACGCAGCUGUCACCCCCUCCCCUGCCGGGUGCAGUUACAUCAUCAGGGACUCAGGCGCCAUCAGGUCCAGGAGGGACACGUGUGCGCAGGAGCUACAUUUCAUCUGCCAGUUCGAUCCCUCCCCUGAGAGGGACUCGCACGCCGCUCAGCAGACUGGGGAGAGCAAGAGAGAAACCUCACAGGAGGACACCAGGCCAGCCGCGGGGACCAGCACAGCCACCAGACCGGCUGCGGGGACCGGCACAGCCACCAGACCGGCCGCGGGGACUGGCACAGCCACCAGGCCGGCCGUGGGGACUGGCACAGACACCAGGCCCGCCGCAGGAACAGCCACCACCCUGCAGGACCCUAACCUGGACCCAUUUACAGUGAACCCUUGGACUUUGCUCCAGGAAGCCUCCUCGGAGAGGGCCAUUCAGGCCAUGGAGGAAACAAUGAGACAAUUCAACCAGGCCAUCCGAACUCUCCACCAUCUGCCAGCACUGCAGAGAGCCUGCCACACCCUCCAGCGCCUGACACAGGCCACCAGCCUGCUCUCAGAGGCAGCCCAGAGAGAGGCCAGUGAGUCGCUCCUGUUUCUGAGCAUUCAGCUCCUGCAGGCACCGCUCCUCAGCAACAGCAGUGGCUCCAACGCCAGCACACCCGCCGCCACCUCGCUCUUCCAGUCCUUCAGCCACCUCCUGACGGCCAUGGACAGCAGCACGCCCACGUCGCACUGGGCCCGGAACCAGCUGACGGAGGCGCUGGAGAACACCAUGGCUGCGCUCACGGCGAUACAGACGGUGCUCUGGGAGGGCAGCUGCGCUGUGGAGUCGUCUGUAACAGUGACCUCUCCCGUGGCCAGCACGAUGCUGAGCAGCCGCAACGCCUCCACUUUGCCCCGGAGCUCGUACCACCUGGCUCAGCCAGUGCCUCUGAUGCUGGCCUUCCCGUCAUCCUCUGCCUGGGGAGUGCUGCUGAGUAAACACCCCCGCGUGCAGGUCCGGGUAACAGUCCUGGCAGUCAACCCCUUCAAGCACCUGGACGGGAAGGAGAUCAGGAGCGUUGGGAACAUCUUCCUCACCGCCAACAAGGAAUCUAUCGAGGUGCAGGACUUACCCGAGGACAUUGAGAUACGGCUGUGGAGAGACGAGCGUGCAGAGACGUCCCCCACUGGCCUCAACGUCAGCACAGAGGAGUUUGUGAUCGAGGUGAACGUCACAUCCAUGGAAGACACCCUGAUCGUCCGUGUGCUGCCCGACGUUCCCCUGCCCAUCGAGCUCUACCUGGGCUACCAGCACCCGCCCAACAGCACCCACGCUCUCCUCAACACCACCCUGCCCACAGGCCACGGGGAGCACCCUGGUGACAACUACACUUGGGUGCUGCCCCCAGCGAUGCUGCAGCUCGGCCCAGGCCCCUACCACAUAACGGCCGUGGUAAGGCAGAGCCCGGAGCAAGAGCUGCCAAGCCACGUGACAUACACGAUCACCACUGUCGCCACGCAGUGCCACUUCUGGGACCACCACAGGAAGGCCUGGAGACAGGACGGCUGCCAGGUGGGACCUCAGAGCACAGUCAGCAGCAUCCAGUGCCUGUGCAACCACCUCAGCGUCUUUGGCAGCUCCUUCUUCGUUGUGCCCAGGACGGUGGACAUUCAGGACACAAGCAAGCUCCUCCGCAAGGUGGCCAGCAACCCGAUUGGGGUGGCCUUGCUGGCCAGCCUGCUGGUGCUCCAUGGUGUUGUUGGCGUGUGGGCAUGGAGGAGAGACCAGGUGGAUGUGAGAAAGGUGAAGGUCACGGUCCUGGCAGACAGCAACCCUGGGGCUCACGUCCGGUAUGUGGUCCAGGUCUUCACGGGAUACCGCAGGGGAGCAGCCACAACAGCGAAGGUCGUGCUCACACUGUACGGGACAGAGGGACGGAGCGAGCCGCACUGCCUGCGGGACCCCCACAAGCCCGUGUUUGAACAUGGUGGGCUGGACGUCUUCCUCGUUACCACCCAGAGCUCCCUGGGGGAGCUGCACAACAUCAGGCUCUGGCACGACAAUUCUGGCUCCAGCCCCUCCUGGUACGUCAGGCAGGUGGUGGUCAGCGACGUGACAGCCAGGAGGAAGUGGCAUUUCCUCUGCAGCGCCUGGCUGGCUGCGGACCUGGGCGACUGCCAGCUUGAUCAGGUCUUCCCAGCAGCCUCCAGGAGCGAGCUGCUCUCCUCCAGGCAUCUCUUCUGCUCGGCGCUUGUGGAGAAGGUGACACACGACCACCUGUGGCUGUCGGUGCUGACCCACUGCCCCUGGGACCCCUUCACACGGCUCCAGCGCCUGGCCUGCUGCCUGACACUCCUGCUCUGCACCAUGGUCAUCAACAUCAUGUUCUGGAGAGACCUGCCGGAGGCUGGCAACCAGGCGGCCCUGCAGCCAGGGCGUGUCCUGCUCACCUGGCAGGAGCUUGUUACCAGCGUGCAGACCGCGCUCAUCCUGCUCCCUAUAAACCUGGUCGUCGGGCACAUCUUCCAGCUGGUCCCACCGCAAGAACUGCCGCUGCCCCCCACAGGCGUCCGGCUCCCGCGGGCCUCUGCACCCCCCCGGGGGCCGUCCCCCCUCACACGCAUCACGCAGGAGCUGAAGGCGACGGUGGGGUUUCUGUCCAGGACCAAGGUCUGCCUGGAGCCCGAGGCUCUGCCCCAGGAGAUGGACAGCGUCCCUGAGCUCGUGCGUAGCCUCUGCUGCCUUGUUGGCUCUCACCUCCGGAGGUCCAGCCACAGGGGCGUGGAGCCAGCAGAGCCCUGCCUGGCUAACGACAGUCAUCACCAUCUCAGCGGCCACCUGAGCCACGUGCUGGGGCCGCUGCAGGCCCAGCUCCGAGCCCUGGACCUGAGCAAGCUCGGCAAUCCCCACGACUACCUCCAGGCAGCUGGCCAGCUCCAGAGCCUGCUGGAGCAGCUGGAGCAGCCAGGCCCGCGGCAGGAACCUGGACCGGCCAGGGGCGGGAGGAGCUUCCCCAUCUCGGAGCCCCGGGUGCAGAAGGCCACCAUCCCCUGCCGGCCCCCCCGAGAGGCUGUGUUCAUCUGCUGGGUCACCGUGGCUGUCACCAGCCUGGUCUCAGCCUACUUCACCGUCCUCCUCAGCCUGAAGUUGGACAGGCAGAGAGCCACCAGCUGGGUCGUCUCCAUGCUGCUCUCUCUCCUCCAGAACAUCUUCAUAAUGCAGCCACUGAAGGUGGCCGGGCUCACCCUGCUCUUCUCGCUGGUGCUGAAGAGGAUGCUCUGGCAGGACAAGGGGAAGGAGCAGCAGCUGCAGAGGAUCCUGGCUCUCCUGGCCAGGUGCCCCUACUUGGAGCUGCCUGGGACAAGAGACUGGAAUGACCCCGUCUACCACCCCCCGUGCCCAAGACCAGCGUCCCCUCGAAGGGGGAGGACCUGGAAGAAGAAGCAGCUGUACACACAGCUGGGAGAGAUCGUAGCGCAACUCGUUCUCCUGGCCUCCCUGAUGGUCGUGUGCUACACGGAGCGCAGCCCCCACGAGCUGUACUUCAACGAGGCCAUUCGCAAGGGCAUCAUACCCAACUUCCACCACAUCCGCGGCCUGGGGGACUUCUAUCGCUGGGCCCGCGGCACGCUCCUGCCCAGCCUCGACGGGCCACGCCCAGGAUUCAUCUCAGAUGGAAACACCCUCCUCCUCGGCAGCGUGCGGCUGCGGCAGCUCCGGCCCCAGCCACAGCACCAGCUCUGCUCCUGCCGCCAGCAGGACGCAGGGGGCCAUGGGCCUGUCUGGGGUCCCCCUGGCCAGAGCAUGGGGGCACAGGAUAGCAUCUGGGUGAACCACGGCGCAGAGAGCCUGGGGGAACACCCCGUGUGGGGGCAGCUGUCCCUCUACCCGGGAGGAGGCUACCUGGCACACCUGGGAACCAACUCCAGCCGUGCACACAGUGUCCUGCGGUAUCUGGAGCGGAGCCGGUGGCUGGAUGGAUGCAGCUGCGCCAUCUUUGUGGAGUUCACAGUCUACAACGCCAACGUGAACCUCUUCUGUGUGGUCACCUUGCUCCUGGAGACCCCCGGGACAGGUGCCUUCCUCCCCUCUGCGGAGCUGCAGAGCAUCCGGCUGUACAGCAGCAGCGGCUUGACCCAGCUGACCUGCGCGCAAGUCACCUACCUCCUGCUGCUGCUCUUCGACCUCUGGGUGCAGGGGCGGCGGCUGAAGCAGCAGAAGUGGAGAUACUUCAGCAGCCAGAGAAACGUGCUGGACAUAAGCAUAAUUCUCAUCAGCCUUGCAGCAUCUGGGGUGUACAUCAAGUGCCGUCUCCUGCAGAAGAGCGUGAUGGAGAAAUAUCACCGGGACCGCAGCAGGUUUGUCAGUUUCUACGAGACAGCGCAAGUGGCCUCUGCUCUCACCUACCUGCUGGCCUUCCUGGUCGCCCUGGCCACGGGGAAGCUGUGGAACCUGCUGCGCCUCAGCCCCAGAAUGCACCUGAUCAGCGGGACGCUGCGCCGAGCCUGGCAGGAGGUGCUGGGCUUCCUGCUGGUGCUGCUGCUGCUGCUGGUGGGCUACUCCAUGGCUUGUAACCUUCUGUUUGGCUGGAGCAUCGCGAACUACAAGACUUUCUUCAGCUCGUCGGUGACCAUUGUUGGGCUCCUGAUCGGGAUCUUUAACUAUGACACGGUUAUCAACUUAGACCCAGUCUUGGGGUCCUUGCUGAUCACCACCAGUGUCAUAUCCAUGCUGUACGUGGUCAUUAACCUGUUUGUCUCUGGCCUGCUGACAACCUUCGGCGAGGAGCGAGCGUCUGCAAACAAGGAUGAGUCCAUGAUGGAAGGGAUGCUCCUAAAGCUCGCGGGCCUGUUCGGAAUUAAGCAGCAGGCCCUGCAGCUGACCAGGCUGGCUGGAGCGGCCGAGAAGGCUGGACCUGUCUGA